UCAUCUGUUUUCCCAGAAUUAUGACUAAACGAUACAAAAGGAUUUUCAGGAGAACCGUUUUCACACAAACAAGCCAUCGGCUUUGUGCAGAAUGUCACCUUUUUUGGGGAGCGGCGGCCCUUUUUAUCCUGCUGUGAGCGGGGUGGUGCUUUCACCAAGAGUCCCUUAAGUGAGUUUGAUGUCCCUGCUUUCAGGGAGUCACGUUUCCCAGAGGAGGGUUCACACCGACACAAUAACAAGAUAACAGCCGGAGGAGAGGCCCUGAUGGUGUUUGUAACAUGUUUUUACUCUCUGGCAACUGCCUGUGCAGCCACUUUAUCCCCACUGAGACCAAAACUUCACGCCAGAUUAGAAGCUAAAGAUCCAACGAACAACAUGAUGCUCAAUUUGUACCAAAAUAGUUCCCAGAUAUCACGACACUAUUGAUUGAAGUUGCAUGGUUUUGUGAGUGUAUGUUCAUCUUCUUCCAUCAGAUUUUGAGAAGCAUGGAGGAGUAUGUCCCGCUACUCAACGUCACCUCCACGCCAGCUCACAACACCACGGGUCACGUCAAUGCCACGCAUAAGCCCUUCAGCGCCUUCGAUGGCUGUGAGAUGCACGUCGAGGCCAUUUUGUUUGACCUUGCCGUACAAUCUAUCAAUGUCAUUGUGGGAAUUCCCGCCAACUUGCUGGUCAUUGCUAUUCUAAUCCACAACCGCAAAGAACCCUCCACUUCUGACAUAUUUAUAGGCUGCUUGGCAUUCAUGGAUUUAUACUUUGGGACCAUGACUCCCCUCGGCUUCUGCAACCUCUUUGCGUGGAACAGCAAAGCAGUCUGGGCGUCUCUGAAGUUCUCCUAUGGGGUCAAAGACACCAGCGGGCCCUUGUUUCUGUCCUGCAUCUGCCUGGAUCGCUUUGUGGCCGUUCUCUUCCCAAUCCAGUUUGGCCAGCUCAAGCACAUCAAGUACAGGCUCGUCCUCACCAUCCUGGUUUUCUUCCUCACCUUCGCUUACUCUACAGCAAAAAUGAUGGGCGGCUUCCCCAACUUUGAGAAGGUGUUUACCUGUGAGAUCCUCGCGACAUUUACGUGGAUGGUGGCGUGCAACACAAGCAUCCUGUGGGCCUUGAAGAAGUCCCGCGGAGCUGGAAAAGAUGAAAUGCACCCCAUGAAGAAGAAAGCCUUCAAAAUGGUGCUUUCUAUCCUUUAUAUCAUUGUGUUUAACUACCUGCCACUUGUUGCUCUGUUUCCUUUUGAAGACCACUAUUUGCCCUAUGUGUUCCGCUGCUAUGUGCAGCCUGUGGGCUUCGCCUUCCUGAAUAUUAGCAGCACCAUCCAGCCGCUUGUUUACUUGCUACGCCUUGAAAAGGUCCCGUUCCUCCCAGAUUCUUGCAUCAAAAAGUUUCCUUUGUCAAAGAAUAGUAAAGUUGCCCCUGCUCAAAAUCCACCCGUCUAAACAGUAGAGAACUCUGAUG